CAUCUCGAGUGCAUAUCCGAUGCUGUCCAUGUUUCUGUCGUCUGUUGUUUGUGAUCUGAUUGGGCUUUAAAUUGGAUCACGGAGGCCCAUUAAGAUGACCUUUUAUUUGUAUUCCGUUUGCGCAGCGCGAGCUGCGAGACGAAAUGGCUCCACGGAUCUCGCUCCCUCGCAAGGUCUUCCCACUCCCCUUCUCCUCCCGCCUCAUCUCCUCGUCCGCGGCGGACCACCAGGCAACACCGUCGCGACCGUCGAUCGGCUCUCCGGCACGCAUCCACAAGCUGAUCGCCGCUCAGUCGGACCCUCUCCUCGCCAAGGAGAUCGUCGAGGUGGCCUCCUCCCUCCGACCUGACCUCCCCCUCCACCCCUCUUCCUUCCACUCCGUCAUCCUCAAGCUCGCCCGCGCCGGUCACCUUUCCGCCGCAUCCGCCCUCCUCCGAUGCCUCCCCUCCCCCUCCCCCGCACUCCUCUCCUCCGUCUUCCUCGCCUUCUCCCGCCACCGUCGCCCCGACCUCGCCCUUUCUGCCUUCCGACGCAUCCUCUCCUCCCCCUCCAGCUCCUCCCCUCCCCGCCCUAAGCUCUUCCGUCGCCUCCUCUCCGCCCUCGCCGCCCACCCCUCAUCCCUUCCCGUCGCCCUCUCACUCCUCAAGUCCUCCGCCUCCUUUGGCGUUCCCGACUCCGUCCGCGCCCACAACGUUCUCAUCCACGCCUUCGCCCGCUCUGGCAACGUUGCAGUCGCGUACUCCCUCUUCAACCGCAUCUUCACCGUCGGCCUCGCCCCCGACGUCACUUCCUACCGGAUCCUAAUGCAAGCGUUGUGCCGGAAGAGCCAGGUCGGCACCGCCAACGACCUGCUCGAUGAUAUGCUCAACAAAGGCUAUGUCCCUGACUCACUCACCUACACCACCCUCCUGAACAGCCUCUGCCGUAAGAAGCGGCUCCACGAGGCCUACAAGAUGCUGUGCCGCAUGAAGGUACGCGGCUGCAACCCGGAUAUCAUCCAUUACAACACGGUGAUCGUUGGGUUCUGUCGUGAAGGUAGGCUGCUUGAUGCAUGUAAGGUGAUCGAGGAUAUGCCUGAUCAUGGAUGUUUGCCAAAUCUUGUCUCCUAUACGACACUGAUACAUGGAUUGUGCUCACGAGGAUUAUAUGAUCAGGGUCAUGGGUAUCUGGAGGUUAUGGUGGGGAAGGGACUCGUACCGCACUUCUCAGUGUUUCAUGCAUUGGUCAAGGGGUUUUGUAGCGUGGGGAAGGUGGACGAGGCUUGCAGGGUGCUGGAAACAAUGCUAACGAAGGGGGUGGCCCCGCAUGUGGAGACAUGGGACUUGCUUGUUGCUGGAGUUUGUGACGAUGAUAGGGAGAAGCUGGAGGAUUGUGUUAGGAAGGUGGUGAAUGAGGAAGAGUGGAGGAGAAGCACAAGGCACAUUCAAGUUGGCUGUGGAUUGGAGGGAUACAUGACCAGGAGAUCGAGGGCCGGAACCAGAAAUGGAUACUGAUACUUCUAGGAUUACAAGGUUUAGAGCAUAAGAAAGACUGUUCCAGAACAGUAUGUAAGAGUUGCCAGAUUGUAGAAUAAUGAUGUAUUGUUUUAUUGAUGAGAAGCCAUUACUGAAGAAAGGGAAGCUAUAAUCUAGACCGAAGGACGAGGAGUACUUUAUUUGUCAUAAGGGCACCUUUUGGCAAGAAAGUAUGAAUCCAGCUGUUUUUGUUCCUCUCAGCAAAUCGAACCUUUGGGGUCAGUGAAAUGCAGCAUGCUCGGGAGAAGUUGGAGCUGGAAUGCUCUAGGGAAUCAGAUGUGAUAUCCAACACAUACUAGUUUUCUGUAGAGUUCUUGCAGGUUAAGAUGUGCACCAGAGAAUAGAUGAUGUAUUGUCGCUCCUGUUCUUCAAGUAAACGAUAAACAGCGGUGCUGUUAUGAUGUGGCACCCUAAGAAGCAGAGUUUCUUCAUCAAAGUUCAAAAUUGUUUCUCGUGUCAUCAGAACUCUUGGGGAGGCUGAGGUGCAUGCUACUGGGGAGGGCUCAUCAGAAGAAAGUAACUGCAAGGUGGCUCUCAUCAGUGUUCAUAGAGAAUCCAACAAGCUGCACAAUUGGUUGGCCGACAAUGAUAGGGUUUUCUUCUCUUUCGGACUAUACCUAUCUGGCUGGUGGACUCCAUUAACUAGCGAGCAGGUGAGAUGCAACAUUCUUGGAUACUUGCUUGAUGAGCAGUUACGUUGAAAUCAUUUUCUACUAUCGAGGGAUCACACUGGUGUUUCUAUUCUUACAAAAUUUCUGGCUACACCUUUUAUUUCAGAAACCCAAAAAGCAAAAUCCUGCUUGUCAUAUCCAGUUUUAAAUGAAGAGAUGUAUUUUGACUUGCUAGGGAUGUAUAUAUAAUUAUGAGUAUUUCAGAAACUAUGCCAUCAAGCGGUUAGUCACGUUUCAGGGACUUACUUGUUGAUAUUGUUGCCCUGUAAUGGACUAAAGUGCAGAAGUCUAUCAACCAUCUCUCAUUUCCCUGCUUGAGAAGGAUCCUUGCAACCCUGCAAGUAAACAGAGAAAGAAAAUUGAGAGAAAAGGAAAGAAGAGGGAGAAGGAAAAGAAUAACAGUUUCUCCAUAGUUCUUUCACUCUCCUGGAGGACAGAACCGAUUGACUCCAACUCAGAUUGAAAAUUGGGGGUACUGGCAACAGCAGGGGACGCUGGAGGGGUGGUCUUAUGUGCGCUGUGGGAGCCUGUGGCUGAUGGAGGUUCCUCUGAGAUCUUUGGCCUGUGUUUCCUGGUUUUCUUCUUCACCUUCUUUUCAUCAGCAGCUAGUUGACUCAUUAGGUCAGAGCUUAUUUGUAUCGUAUAUGAAUCCGCCAUUCCUGAAUGCAACAGAAUGUAUUCCAAGGUUUAAUCUUCGUAAUAGAAUUGAAAAAAAAAAAAUCAACCGGA